CGAGAGCGCGAGGAAGUCGAGAUUGCAGCUGUCUCGUUUCUCAAUCGCCAAUACAUUCUGGAAAGCACGGAUAUCAGAGCAACCGCAAAUGACGUCGAAGAUGUACUGGCUUAUUAUACAUCCACUGAUCACUGGCUCAUUCGAAGGACUGGCGUUGCCAAUUCCAGGCGGAAACAACAGUUCACCUACUGGAAAGAACAUGUCAUUCGACUGAGUCAGACGCGAGCAGAGUCACCCCCGCAAAAGGCUGGGCAGCCGAACACCGUUGCCGAAGAGCCUGUAGAAGUUCCUUUGCAUCUCGAGCAUGCGAAGAGUGAGGCCCACAAACGAGUUGAGAUACCAGUUAUCCCGAUUUCGAACACAACGGCUACAAGGCUGCCACCAGACUUCCUCAAAUCGGAUGACCUCAGGUCGGCCAUUUCUCACCAAACACGUGCAUCAACAGCCGUCGGCCCCGAGGGAAAGAAGCUGGAGUGGCCUGACCCGCCACAAGGGGAGCGAAUAGCUGGAUACUAUAUUUGUCCCUACUGCAGGACUCUAUGCCCCGAGAAAUUUCUUCAGAAACAUCUGUGGAUCCGUAUCAUUGCACAUAUGAGCAGUGUCAAGACCCUAAUCGCAUCUACGGAGAUCGACAAGAAUGGAUCGACCACGAAAGCCAACACACACGCGUGUGGCACUGCCAAGAACACGGCGAAGAGUUUGAAACCCAACCAGAAUACGUUCAUCACCUGA